CUCUGGGUUCUCUGUGCCUUUGGCCAGAUGGUUUGUAUGGGUGGAUCCCACCAACACUUCCAUCCUCAUUCCAUUAAGAUCCCUGGUGACAUCACGCUGGGGGGGCUGUUCCCCAUCCACACCCGUGGGCCCCAUGGCCUGCCCUGUGGAGAGCUGAAAAAGGAAAAGGGAAUUCAUCGCAUGGAGGCCAUGUUGUAUGCCCUGGACCAAAUCAACAGUGACCCAGAACUCCUCCCAAACAUCACUCUGGGAGCUCGCAUCCUGGAUACGUGCUCCAGAGACACCUAUGCCCUGGAACAGUCCCUCACCUUUGUCCAAGCCCUCAUCCAGAAGGACACAUCUGAUAUUCGUUGCUCCAAUGGAGAGCCACCCAUCAUUAGGAAGCCAGAGAGAGUAGUUGGAGUUAUUGGAGCAUCAGCUAGCUCUGUCUCCAUUAUGGUCGCCAAUGUCCUGCGCUUGUUUGAGAUCCCUCAGGUGAGCUACGCAUCCACGGCCCCGGAGCUCAGUGAUAACAAUCGCUACGACUUCUUCUCCCGCGUGGUUCCUCCAGAUUCCUACCAGGCGCAGGCCAUGCUAGACAUUGUCAAGGCUCUGGGAUGGAACUACGUUUCCACACUGGCCUCCGAAGGAAACUAUGGAGAGAGUGGAGUAGACGCCUUCAUCCAGAUCUCCAGAGAGGCUGGCGGGGUGUGUAUUGCCCAGUCUCUGAAGAUCCCACGAGAGGCCACCGUGGGAGAGUUUGAGAAGAUUAUAAAGAGGCUGAUGGAGACGUCAAAUGCCAGGGGUGUCAUAAUCUUUGCUAAUGAGGACGACAUCAAGCGGGUUUUAGAGACCGCAAAGCGCGCCAACCUGACAGGUCACUUCCUGUUUGUGGGCUCAGACAGUUGGGGAGCCAAGAGUACCCCAAUCCUCGAACAGGAAGAUGUAGCUGAGGGAGCCGUCACCAUCCUGCCUAAAAGAGCUUCUAUUGAGGGGUUCGACCAGUAUUUUAUGUCUCGUUCUCUGGAGAACAACAGAAGGAACAUUUGGUUUAAUGAGUUCUGGGAGGAUGACUUCAGAUGUAAACUCACCCGACCAGGGAUCAAGAUCGACCCAGACAGGAAGAAAUGUACUGGAGAUGAGAGGAUCGGUAAGGAUUCUCCUUACGAGCAGGAGGGCAAGGUUCAGUUUGUGAUCGAUGCAGUUUACGCCAUGGCCCAUGCACUCCAUAACAUGCACCAGGACCUCUGUCCGGGCUCCACGGAGGUCUGCGCCAACAUGGACCCUGUGGAGGGACGUCUGCUGCUCAGCUACAUCAGAGCUGUCACCUUCAACGGAAGUGCUGGCACUGGGGUUUUGUUUAAUGAGAAUGGCGAUGCUCCUGGUCGCUAUGAUAUCUUCCAGUUCCAGAUGACCAAUCACAGCAACCCUGGCUACCGUGUCAUUGGCCAGUGGACCAAUAAUCUGCGUCUCAACGUGGAAGACAUGCAGUGGUCUGGAGGGGAGAAGAUUCUACCAGAUUCAGUCUGCAGCUUUCCCUGCAACCCUGGAGAGAGAAAAAAGAUGGUGAAGGGAGUUCCUUGCUGCUGGCACUGUGAGUUGUGUGAUGGUUACCAGUACCAGUUGGAUGAAUUUACCUGUGAGAUGUGUCCAUUUGACAUGCGUCCUGUCCCAAACCGCACCGCCUGCCGGCCCACACCCAUCAUUAAACUGGAGUGGCACUCACCCUGGGCGGUUAUCCCUGUGGCUCUGGCCAUGCUGGGAAUUCUCGCCACCAGCUCUGUAGUACUCACCUUCAUCAAAUACAACAAUACUCCUAUUGUCAGAGCUUCAGGGAGAGAGCUCAGCUAUGUACUGCUCACUGGAAUAUUCCUGGUCUAUCUGAUAACUUUCCUGAUGAUAGCAGAGCCUGGAGCGGUGGUCUGUGCUUUCAGGAGACUGUUCUUGGGUUUGGGCAUGAGCAUCACCUACUCCGCCAUGUUGACCAAAACCAACCGAAUAUAUCGCAUCUUUGAAGAGGGCAAGAGAUCUGUGACCCCACCCAAAUUCAUAAGUCCCACCUCCCAGCUGGUCAUCACCUUUAUCCUCAUAUCUCUCCAGGUACUGGGUGUGUUUGUCUGGUUUGCUGUGAUUCCCCCUCACACCACCAUCGACUAUGAGGAGAUCCGCCCCCCGAACCCAGAGCUUGCCCGAGGGAUCUUCAAAUGUGACAUGUCAGACCUGUCAAUCAUCUGCUGCCUCACCUACAGUAUAGUUCUUAUGGUAACCUGCACAGUGUAUGCAGUGAAGAGUCGUGGAGUUCCAGAGACCUUUAACGAGGCCAAACCCAUCGGCUUCACCAUGUACACCACCUGCAUCAUCUGGCUGGCAUUUGUCCCCAUCUUCUUUGGCACAGCACAGUCCUCUGAUAAGAUGUUUAUCCAGACGACCACUCUGACGGUGUCGAUGUCACUCAGUGCGUCCGUGUCUCUGGGCAUGCUCUAUGUGCCCAAAGUCUACAUCAUUCUCUUCCACCCCGAGCAAAAUGUCCAAAAAAGGAAGAGGAGCUUUAAGGCGGUGGUGCAGGCUGCCACCAUGUCGACCAGACUGUCUCAGAAAUCUUUAAAUGAGAAACAGAACGGGGAAACCAACAAGAUUGAGCCAGACAGGACUCAGUAG